GACUUUCAUUAACCAUGCAAUCCACGGCAUUCUCCUAAUUCUCCAUUCCAUUGAUUGUAUGGGGGUCACCUCGCCCUACAACCACCACACCCCGUCGCAAAGCCACCUCAUUGCAAAGAUUUUCUACAGUCUUCGCGGUGCUUCACGUAUAGCGUCUCCAUCAUGCCACCAAUUGUAACUCAAUUAAUGGCACCAGAAAAAUUGGAAGUAUUCAUUUCUUCAGAAUUUUGGGUUUCCGAAAGUGUCCUGCAUUUCAGCAAGCCCGUUGAGAAAUGUUGGCAGCCUAGUGAAUUUCUUCCUGAGGCAUCUCAAGGGCCCGAUGGAUUCAUGAAAGAGGUUCGGGCCCUAAGGGAACGAACUAUAGGGCUUCCUGACGAGUACUUUGUGAUAUUUGUCGGUAAUAUGUUAACUGAGGAUUCUUUGCCUACUUAUCAAACCGUGAUUAAUACGUGGGUUGGAGUGCGCGAUGCGACUGAGUCUAGUUCAUGUCCAUGGGCAAUUUGGACUCGGGCAUGGGCAGCUGAAGAGAACCGACAUGGGCAUCUGCUACGAACUUACAUUUAUCUUUCAGGAAGAGUUAAUAUGAUGAUUGAGAAGACAAUGCAAUAUCUGAUUGGAGCCGGAAUGGACAACGGAACAGAGAGCAAACCAUAUAUGGGCUUGAUGUAUUCAUCAUUUCAAGAGCGAGCGACAUUUUUGUCGCAUGGCAAUAUGGCUAGGCUAGCUAAAGAGGCCGGAGAUCCUGUGCUAGUUCGUUUAUGCGGAACUAUUGCGGCAAACGAGAAGCGACAUGAGAAUGCCUACACAAAAAUUAUUGAGAAAUUGGUAGAAGUGGAUCCAAAUGCAACUGUGCUAGCCGUUGAGAAUAUGAUGAAGAAAAGAACUGUAAUGCCACAUCACCUAAUAUCUGAUGGGCAAGAUUCAAAUUUAUAUGAGCACUUCUCUGCAGUUUCCCAUAGGAUGGGGGUUUACAUAACUCGCGAUUAUGCUGAAAUAAUAGACUUUUUUAUAACACGCUGGAAAUUAGAAAAGCUCGACGAAGCCGAGGAGAGGAGUGCACAAGAUUUUGUGUGCAAAUUCCCUUUUGAGGUUUGGAAGCUGGAAAUCGAGUCAAGAAAUCAGAUUUGCAUCAAGUGAAACAAAGAAGUUAAUGUUUAGAUAAAUUGAUAUGUAAGAAAGAUGUAAAAGAAGAGCUUUAUCCUUUUAUUAAGUCUUUUAG